GAAGAAGCGUCACACCUCGCAUCGCGGCUUCCACGACGGCGAUGGUCAAACAAUGGGCCUACCUCGAGGGAGCAAGCCAGAGAGGAUGGAGUGCAUCUUCAGCGCCUGAGCAGCAGUGCUGAGAUGUCGUUGACAUGGGCAGCCGCAGGUUCUCGCGCGCUCUCGACAGGUGUUUCCAUGGCCCUAUAUCCCAUGCCAUGCCAUGCCAUGCCAUCCCAUGCGGAUUCCAGCCGAUCAGUCGACAAAGCAAUGCAAUUCAUCGAGCAGGUUCAGAUGUCUUCGAGAUGUAGAACGGCCCGCAUGAUUCCCUGACCGUGCAUCCGGUAUGCCUUCUGAGUUCUGCAUCUUCUCCCGUCCCUCUUCCAUUCCAUGCUGCACAUAUGUCGCCGCACUUAGCCCUACUGUAGGGAAUCUACGAUGGUCUUCCUGGAAACACCAGUGCGACUGGUCAGCAAGAAAAUGCAAGCGAUAUUGGCUCGCGGUCCUUGUUGGCGCAAGUCUACGGCAAACCGGCGCCUCGUGACAUGUCUUCGCUUCCUCUUUUGCAUACACGGCCCAUCUUUAUGCCCUCGAUUAGAUGCCCAGAGCCUACCACCUAGGCUGGUAUGGUAUUGCUCGCGCUACAUUUGUGUCAUGCUGCCAGCUCCACGUCGCGAACAGGCCACGCCGUUCCCUUCCAUAUCCUUUUGUACCACCUGGCGACUUGUCCGGUGCAGCCAAAGCAGACUCACGGAAGUCAAGGUCAGAUCUAAACGGGUGGCA